AAUAAAAUCAUGGAUAUCCAAAAAAUAAGCUUCGCAAAUGCAGAUAAUAUUUGCAAAUUGUGCAACAUGCGACCUCGUCAAUACACCUGUCCACGAUGUGAUGUAGGAUAUUGCAAUGUUGAUUGCUAUAAGUCAGAGGCUCACUUAGAGUGUUCAGAAAGUUUUUACAAGCAAUGUGUGGAAGAUGAAUUAAAACUUCAGGAAAGAGGCCUAGAAGGUAGGCAGAAAAUGAUUGAAAUUCUUAAAAGAGUACAUGAGCAAGAUCUAAUAAAUAUGCAAGCAUUGGAAAGUGAUGAAGAAGAUGAAGAAGAUGAAGAAGAAGAAAUAUUAGAUGAACAGUUAGAUUCAGAUGAUGAUGAAGAUGUACCAGAUUUAGAAAAAAGAUUGCAUGAUAUAAACUUAGAUAAUGCAGAUGAGGUAUGGUCUGCAUUAACAGAUGCUGAAAAGCAGGAAUUUGAAGCACUGAUAAAAAAUGGUGAUAUAGAGAAAUUGCUACCUCAGUGGGUUCCAUGGUGGACAUAUCAUACUAAAAAGAAACUUGUUCAAGAAAUGGAUCAAAAAAAUGAUGAAGAAACAAAGGAACUUCCUCCCUUAAUAGAUGUUCCUAUAUUUAAUGAAUUGCAGAAAGCUUCUCCAAAUGUCCAGUUUAAUGUAAUAAAUGUAAUCUAUGCAUAUGCAUAUAUUGCAAACUAUUACAAUGGUGACUAUUUAAACUGUCCAGUGGAAGCUAUGGUUGUCUUUCUUGAUUUAUGUGAUAACAUGAAAUUAAAUAAAGUUUUCGAAAAUCCCGAAUCGGCGAUAACUUCCGUUGUCCAUAAGAUUAUUAGUUGUAACUGGUUACCACAAGAUGAACAAACUCUAUUAGGCUUCAAAGAAGCUGGAAAUAUGAUAAUGCAGGGACCAGAAAAGAAAAAUAAGUAUCUUUAUAUUGCUGUUGCUUUUUCUGAGCUGCAUAGACUACUAAUAGCAGCAAAAGAGGAAUUGUCAAAAAAUAGAAACAAAAUUAGGAAUAAAGAAUUUUCCAAGAAGUUUACCCAAAGAUAUAAUAUGGAAAAUAUUAAUUUAUCGAAAAAAGUUUUUCUUUUAUAUUGUAAAAAAUUAGAGUAUUACUUAUCAUGGACUAAAAGCUGUCAUGCAAAUAUGAGUACAUAA